GCAAGCGUCCGGCGCCCGAGCGUUAGAUCUACAAGACGGGCAAGGCGUGUCCCGCGCACAUGAUCGUCACCGAGACCAUGGACCGCGUGCUGGUCACCUUCUACAAGACGCACGUGGGCCACGGGCCGUGCCCAUACUUCGAGCCCCGCGAACCGAAGAAACUCAAACAGGAGCCGACUGGCGAAGAUUCCCCUGAGGCUUGGAUCUGCGACAGCUGCGGAAUGGGGUUCCUUAACGAAGACAAGUUCAGGGAACACGUGGAAGGACACCAGCACCAUAGCUUGCCGUGCCAUUAUUGUCCUCAGGACUUUCAAGAUAUCGAAGCGUGGACCCACCAUAUCCGAGUAGAACACAACAUGGCUAGUCUAUUUUAGUAAAAUAUACAUUCUGUUAAAAUACCUAGGAUAAAUUUAAAUUAUCUGUCUGAAGAAGUCAUAUUAUUUUUUUACAAAUAAGUGAAUUUGUUUUUAGUUAAAUGAAAUGUUACUUAUAGUUGUUGGAAUAUAGUUUUGUUA